AAUUUUGAUUGAAAUUUCCAAAUUAAUCGGCGGAUUCUCUUCGAAACAUAGUGACAUAUUAGAACUCCCCAUACAUGGAUUUAGUUUGCGGCAAAUUUUAUUUAAAUUACUGCAAAGGUGACCGAUGUUUAGCCCAUUACUUAAGUCGUUUCGUUUCAGACGUCCGGUGUAGUAUAAAUAAUUCAUAUCUUCCUUGUAAACCUGUAACUGUUACAAACUUACGAAAUCACUAUCUUAAAAUACGAGCUGAUAUUUGAAUUACAGCAGUCGGGAUAAUGGAUGGGGGCAAGCGAACUAGAGGGGAAAGUGGGGUGGGGUUAUGGUGAGGGGGAGUUGGGAGAGGGAAGGAAGCGUAAAUUAAGGACGUGUCAAGUCCAUGCGUACCGGAGGAGAGUACCUUGGCCCCAUGUCUAACCUCGACAAAAAGCCACAAGUUGUAUAAGGAUAACAUUUCAUGAUAACUCAAACAAAGAAGGGGUAUAUAUAAGCUGUGAAAGACGAGGGAAAGCGUCACUUCUGCUAUUACUUCUAGCAAAAUGUCUGUUCAUUUCCAGGUAUCCGUGGUUGCGGCUCUGCUCUGCUGCGUUGCUUCAUCCUUUGGACAAAUUCAGAGUCCGAGUGCGACCUCAAGUCUGAGUCCAAGUCCAAGUCCAAGUUCAAGUCCAAGUCCAAGUUCAAGUCCGAAUACCACGGACCCUUGUGCUGACUUCGGGUGUUUGAAGGGAGGUAAAUGCAAAGCCCCAAACGGCAUCCCAUUCUGCGACUGUGUGAUGGGAACUUCUGGAGAUAAAUGUCAAACAGAAAUUGGAAUUAUCCAGGAUCCUUGCUAUUUCAAUCGGUGUGUGAAUGGGGGUUUCUGCGCUUCACCUACCGAGGAGGGACAGUGUGUGUGUCUACCUGGAUACAGUGGAGACAGAUGCCAAAUCAGUUCGGCGAUUGAGGAUCCCUGUGAUGGCGUCGAGUGUUUGAACAGAGGCUUGUGCAGUUCAGAGGGAGGCACCGCAAAGUGUGUCUGUGAACUGGGAUAUUUUGGGGUGAUAUGUGAAAACAAAGAAGUAAAGUUUGACCCUUGUGCGGGCUUCGAGUGUUGGAACGGAGGUUCCUGCAUUGCGUUUGGACGAUCAAAAUUCUGUAUUUGUGCAAAAGGUUUCACUGGACGCAUUUGCAACAAUCCAAUCAAGAAGGCUUGUGAUGACUUCGAGUGCUUGAACGGAGGUAAAUGUACUUCAUCCUACGGCCGCCCUUACUGUCUUUGUGAACCAGGAUAUGCUGGAGACAAAUGCAGCAUUAAAAUCAAUUACUCUUGUGAUGAACUCGAGUGUCUGAACGGAGGUUUCUGCACUGAAUUUGCUGGCCGCGCUUACUGUGCUUGCGCACGAGGAUAUACUGGACAGGAUUGCAGCUCUGAAAUCGAGGACCCUUGCGACGACUUUGGCUGCUUGAACAAAGGUUCCUGCAUUGCAAACGGCGAUAACGCGAAGUGUCUGUGUCGACCAGAGUUCUACGGAGACAAAUGUCAAAGACGGAUCUGAUCCCUAAGGCAGCGAGCUGUUCAUUUUGCGAGUGACGUCAGCGUGCUCGAUCGCCACAAGCAGAAUAUCAACAAGUGAAUUCCCAUCCCACUUCGUCCCUGAUUUUGAUUUUAAAAAAUAACCCCCCCCCCCAGCUUUCUCACAUCCUCUGAAAAGAGGAACUAUCCUGCUAUCCUGAUUUCGUCAAAAAGACUAAGCUUUUUCUAGACCCAGUAGAUCAGAAAAAAUGUAUCAUUUCAAAAGAGUGUCUUAAAGAGUAAAUAAACUUUAACAGUGCAAUGAA